AGCAAAAAAAAAAAAAAAAAAAGAGUAAAAUAAAUUUUCAUUCUUUUUUACAAGAACACAAAGAAAAAGAAGUCUUUCCCCAGAAGAAAACUGAAGCCAAACGAAGCGUAAAUCCGAAACCUUGAAUGAACUUGUCUUCAGCACUCGCAGCAUUUAAACAAAUAAACACAAACACUCUCUCUUCCUUCUUUGUUCUUUUCUGAUGAAUUUCUAGGGUUUUGAUUUCCCCAAUCUUCACAAAAUUCAGAGUCCCCCCAUGGGGCUCUCCUUCAAGCUCUCGAAGUCUGGCACUAGGUAUCGCCCCAAACCCCUUCCCAUUCCACCCGAAGCUUCCCACGAUGGUGUAUCCGAGAAUUCCAAGUCUCAGAGUCAUCUUGUUGAAGCUGGUGAAAAUACUGCUCGGAUGCUCAAUUCAUCUGUUUCAUCUGAAACUCGUCCGUUAGCAGAGAUGGAAGCUUCUUUUACACUGAACCUGUUCCCAGAUGGUUAUUCUAUCGGAAAGCCCUUUGAGAAUGAUACGGCGAGUCAUUCGAGAUAUCAAGAUUUGCCAAAGUUGUUACAUCCAUAUGAUAGGUCAUCUGAAAGCCUUUUCUUGGCCAUUGAGUCGGGUCAUUUGCCUGGGGAUAUUCUGGAUGAUAUACCUGCCAAGUAUGUUGAUGGAGCACUUAUAUGUGAGGUGCGUGAUUAUCGAAAGUGCUCUUUUGAAAAGGGGGCCGGCAUAGUGUCUCCGGAAAGUUCUCCUCUUGUUAAUAAAGUAUGCCUCAAGAUGUCAUUGGAAAAUAUUGUGAAGGACAUCCCAUCGAUUACUGAUAAGUCUUGGACAUAUGGUGAUCUAAUGGAAGUUGAAUCGAAGAUACUGAAAGCAUUAAAACCAGACCUUCAUCUAGAUCCUGCUCCAAAGUUAGAACGGCUCUGUGAAAGUUCACUUCCACCAAAGCUCGAUUUACGGAGAAAGAGAUUAAGAGAUAUGCCAGAGUUCGCUGUUACUUCUAGUAAUAGAAUUUAUGGGAAGAAAGUUUGCAUAGAUAGAGUGCAGGAAAACUCAAAUAACAGAUUAGUUGAUUCAGGAAUAACUGCAUCUAAUGCUAUUGUGCAACAGAGUCUUGAAAAUCCAGCAAUGCAAAAUCAUAGUCCAAACAUUGCCAUGGCCUUGAGAUCUAAGAAUCUUAUGCCAGAUUCUUCUAUCCCGGGCUUUUCUAUGCCUCCCCAGCAAUCAAGAUAUGCAAUGGCAGUUGGAAAUCCAAGAAGCUUGCAGGAGCAUGGAUCAGUUUCUGCUAUUAAUUCAUCAGGGGCUUCUCCUGCUGCACAAGAUGUCAUGAUUUCAUAUACUGAUGAUGCAAAUCCAAGUGCCUCUCUUCAUUCAAAAAGGGAGAAUCAAGAUGGACAAGCUUCACCUUUAUCCAAUGUUGCAAAAAGAAUGAGGCCUGCUUCCACUGGUGUUGAUGCAAUGCAGCAGCAGCAAAUUGGCUCGCAUGUUGAAGGUCUUCAAGGAUCAGAAAUAAAUUGGCAAAAUACACUACUACAACAACAAGCGAUGGCCAGAGGUAUUCAAUAUGCAAGUGGUGGCAUUCAGAAGUUUCCCCAGCAGGUUUUUGAAGGGGGGUUGAAUCAGGAGACAGGAGCUAUUCAAUUUGCUUCUAGUCAGCAGGGCAUGAGGUUAGUUGCCAAGGAAGAACAGUUUGAAAUGGAAAAAUUAGAUGGCGCAGAGAUAAACCGCAAUAAAAGUGAGAUGGGAAUAGAUACCGUCAAUUUAGACCCACAACAAUUACGGCCUCAGCAAAGAUUGCAACCGAAUGCAUUCAUGAAACCUAAUUUCUCUCAGACAACCUGGAAUAAUCUGGCUCAGCAGCAUAUGGAGAAAGAAGCAAAAAAAGAGGACCAGUUCCAGAAGAGGAAAUCAGUCCAGAGUCCUCGCUUAUCUACUGGAGCAUUACCUCACUCUCCAUUAUCUUCAAAAUCAGGUGAAUUUUCCAAUGGUUCAGUUGGACCAAGUUUUGGUGGUCCAUCACAACUGGCUUCAGUUCCUGCUGUUGGAACUCCUUCUAUUUCUAAUGAUUCUACACAAAGGCAACAACAAGCACAACUAGCUGCCAAGCGGAGAUCUAAUUCCCUUCCCAAGACCCCAGCAAUGAAUGGAGUUGGUUCUCCAGCUAGUGUUACUACUGGUGUCCCAAUGAAUGUAAAUAGUCCUUCACUUGGGACCUCGUCUUUGGUUGAUCAAGGUGUUCAAAUUCAAAAUAUGGUUGAGAGGUUCUCAAAAAUUGAAAUGGUGACAAUGAGGCAUCAACUUAACUUUAAGAAGAAGGUUGAUGAUUAUCCCAUCCAAAAGCAGAAUACAUAUUCAACACAGCCAUUAGCUUCGCAUCUUGGUAAUGCGAUUAAUAAUGAGGGAUUGACAGAUGAACCAAGUUCUUUAUCAAAGUCACUUAUUGGUGGGAGUAUGAACGUAUGCAAAAUGAGAGUCUUAAAUUUCUGUUUGCCAGAGCGUGUACUUCAAGGAAAUGUUUAUUCUCUAGUUCCGAAGUUGCGUACUAAGAUGAUAAUGUCUGAGAAGCCAUCCGAUGGUACUGUGUCUAUGCAUUAUGGGGACAUUGAUGAAGGUGAUUUUGUAGCUGCAGAGGAUCAUCUCCCCACAUUACCCAAUACUCAUUUUGCAGAUUUGCUCGCAGAACAGUUCUGUUCUCAGAUGGCACGUGAAGGAUAUGUGAGGGAAGAUGACAGAGUCCAAGUCAAACCGAACCGGGUCAACUUUCCAUUGGGAAGUCAAUCUAGUGUACCUCCUAAUAGCUCUGUAGGUGACAUGCAGCAAUACGGAGAACAAAUGCCGGGUCAGUCACCCAAUGAAGGUCCAAAGCCAGCUGGUGGCAGUAACGCAUCAUUCAACUUACCUCAGAAUCUUGUAGUAAACUCAAGGAUGUUGCCACCUGGAAACACUCAGGCGUUACAGAUGUCUCAAGGACUUCUCUCUGGUGUUUCGGUGGCUCCAAGACCACAACAACUGGACCCGCAACAAGCAGUACAGCAACAGCAGCAGCAGCAGCACCACCAGCAACAGCAGCUGCAACCAAAUCAACACUCUCUCAUUCAACAGCAGAAUCCCCAGUUCCAGAGAUCUAUGAUGCUUGGGACAAAUCAGCUGUCACACUUAAAUGCACUUGGACAGAACUCCAACAUGCCAUUGGGUAAUCACAUGCUCAACGCUAAGCCUUCACCUAUGCAGAUGCAGCAGAUGUUACAGCACCAGCAACAACAGCCGCAAAUGCAAAGGAAAAUGAUGAUGGGGCUUGGAACAGCUAUGGGAAUGGGUAACUUGAGAAAUAGCAUAGUUGGACUUGCACCCCUGGGCAAUACUAUGGGAAUGGGAUCUGCAAGGGGAAUAGGAGGAACUGGAAUCUCAGCACCAAUGACAUCUAUUGCCGGCAUGGGAAAUAUGGGUCAGAACCCAAUGAAUCUUGGCCAGGCUUCAAAUAUUACUAAUUCUAUAAGCCAUCAAUUCAGGCCUGGAACAAUGACUUCACAAUCGGCUGAACUUAUAUCUAAGCUUAGACUGGCACAUAGUCGGGGAAGCAUGUUAGGGUCGCCUCAGUCUAGCAUAGCUGGUAUCUCUGGGGCCAGACAAAUGCACCCUGGCCAGGCUGGUCUUUCAUCAGUGUUGGGUCAGACUCUAAAUAGGGCUAAUAUGAAUACACUGCAGCGAGCGCUCGGACCUAUGGGUCCACCAAAGCUGAUGGCAGGGAUGAAUAUUUAUAUGAAUCAGCAGCAGCAGCAACAUCAACCAUCUCAGCAGCAGCAACAGCAACAGCAACAGCAGAUGCAAUUACAACAUCAGUUGCAGCAGCAAUUACAGCAACAGCAGCAGCAACAGCAGCAAGAAAUAAGUUCGCAAUUGCAGGCAGUUGUUUCACCCCCCCAGGUGGGAUCACCGUCUACCAUGGGAGUUCCACCAUUGAACCAGCAAACAGCGCAGCAAGCAAGCCCUCAGCAAAUGAGUCAACGAACUCCGAUGAGCCCACAACAGAUGAGCUCAGGGGCAAUUCAUGCCAUGAGUACUGGUAAUCCUGAAGCUUGUCCAGCGAGUCCGCAGUUGAGCUCUCAGACCCUAGGGUCUGUUAGUAGUAUGGCGAACUCCCCUAUGGACAUGCAAGGUGUUAAUAAGAGUAAUAAUGCUCAAUAAAGAAAAGUAGCCUAAAUUGUCCAAAUCAAUGCCCUUUGGAAAUUUCAGCACCAAAAUCAGCUAUCAAAUGAUUUUAUCUUGAAUUUAUGAGCUGAGCUAAUUUUUUACAUAUAAAUAAACAUAAAGCCAGUUGUUGAUACCUUUGGGGAACUAAUGUGCUGCUCUGGAUCUCUAGAAGGAAUAGAUUAUGCUGUGUCAAUUUGUAUAUACUAUAUAGUUUCUUGUUUUCUUUCGCACUCUUUGAACUUACAGGUAGUUUUUUUUGGAUAUUUAGGCCAAGAUUUGUUGUAGCUACUUUGUGUAUUGCUGGAAUUGGUACUGUUUUUAUUAUAUUUUGUGGGUUAAGAAAA